GACGAGAGGACCUUCCUCCUGUUACGGUGUGACAGAGAUGUACAGUGAUUAAAACAGUAACAUUUACAUUAGCAGCUUAACGUACUGUACUUUAACGUGGAAAUACAGUUAAGUGAAGGCGACAGCUAACUGCUCUCACUGCUAACACCAACGUUUCUUGACGACGGAGAAACAACGAAGUGUGUGUGUGGAUGUGACACGGAUGACAUGAACUCUCACUGAGGAAACGUCAGUGUUUAUCAAGAGGAGAGACAUAUUUCUUGUGGAUUUAUUGUGGAAGAAGGCGGACCAUAAGGACUUCAGAAAAAACAACAGCUCUGUAUUGACAUUGUGUUGCAUCCUUCAGAUUUUGUAUGCUAACGAGUUCCCGGAUGUCGGAUAAUUUUACAGGUUGCUACAUAUAUAGAAGCAGGUUGAAUUAUUCACCGUCACCAGACAAGGUAUUUCAGUUGUGAGCAUGUUAGCAUCGACCUGCUAUGGGCAGCAGCUAUGACGCUAGGUGUAGCCACAGGGUUAUGUCACUGUCAGGCUAACAGAUAGCUCGCUGUCUGCAGCUGCUCUCAGUCUUUGCAUGGUCAUGUCCAGCAGCAUCAUGUAGACUGUCCCCGUGAACCUGGUUACUGGGGACACACAGUGAGAUAGUGAGCCUCUUUAGAGAGUAAUGUAAAGCUGGUUUGCAUCUAUCCAACUGGACAGCUGGCACUGACACAGUAUAGCUCAGGAUUGUUGUUAGCCAUGCUCAAAGCCGUCUGUUCUGUGUGAUAUUACAAACAUCCCAACCUACUUAGAGGACGUGUGAAUGCAUCAUGUCCUGAAUGCAUCUCUUAUUUAUGCACAUCAGAGCAUACUGUCAUGGAGUAAAUCCGCAGUGCAAGAAGCAGCAUCACUAAGACUGAGAGCAUCGUUUGCUCCAGGAUAAUUUUCUGAAGAGGAGAGCAACACAAAAAAGAAGCAGCUGGACCACCAUCCCACCACAAUGGAGGCUGUGGGAGAUUUUGAGUACAGCCGAAAAGACCUGGUUGGACAUGGAGCUUUCGCUGUGGUGUUCAAAGGAAGACACAGGAAGAAGACUGAUUGGGAGGUGGCCAUCAAGAGCAUUAAUAAGAAGAACCUGUCCAAGUCCCAGAUCCUUCUUGGCAAGGAAAUCAAAAUCCUGAAGGAGCUGCAGCAUGAAAACAUUGUGGCACUUUACGAUGUCCAGGAAACACCCAACGCUGUUUUCCUGGUCAUGGAGUACUGUAAUGGCGGUGAUCUCGCCGACUAUCUGCAAGCAAAGGGGACUCUGAGAGAAGACACCCUGAGGGUUUUCCUCCAGCAGAUUGCUGCCGCUAUGCGCAUCCUCAACAGCAAAGGAAUCAUCCACCGUGACCUGAAACCACAGAACAUCCUGCUGUCGUACGCGGGGCGCAAGAGGUCCAACAUCAGUGGCAUCCGCAUCAAAAUAGCUGACUUUGGGUUUGCACGGUACCUCCAGAACAACAUGAUGGCAGCCACACUGUGUGGAUCACCCAUGUACAUGGCCCCAGAGGUCAUCAUGUCCCAGAACUACGAUGCCAAGGCUGACCUGUGGAGCAUAGGGACAGUCAUCUACCAAUGUCUGGUCGGCAAGCCACCAUUCCAGGCUAAUAGUCCCCAAGACCUGAGGAUGUUUUAUGAGAAGAACAAAAAUCCACAACCUAUCAUCCCAAGGGAGACCUCCCAACAACUUGGCCACCUUUUGCUUGGGCUGCUGCAGAGGAACCAGAAGGACAGGAUGGACUUUGACGCAUUCUUCAGCCAUCCUUUCCUGGAGCCAACGGUCACCAUAAAGAAAUCGUGUCCGGUGCCGGUGCCUAGCACCUCCAACGCAGCAACGGACAGUUCCUGUGGCAGCUCCCCAUGCAUCCGCUACAACUCUCCUCCUUCUCUCCCGGACAUGCAGACUCUAGCAGAGGACGGUCUGUCGUCCCCUCCGCUCGGUCCGCCCAACUUCCUGCAGCUGUCCAAAGAGUCUGCAGGAAGCACCAGCAGCAAGAACUCGUCCUCCGAUACUGACGACUUUGUGCUGGUGCCUCACAUCUCUACUGACAGUUACGACCAACCAAUGGGAGCGGGCCGUCGACUGUCCAGUGAGUGGGGGCAGCCGCAACCAACCCCUGGACAGACCCCCAUGGUGUCCCCGCGGGCUGAGACCACCCCCAUCCCUGUUCCCACGCAGAUCCGCAACUACCAGCGCAUCAAGCAGAACCUCUCCAGCAGCCCGACCACCACGUUGUACAGCUCCCCCAGGUCUGGUACAGUGAGGCGCUCCAACACCAGUCCAAUGGGGUUUCCGAAGUUGGCCUCGGGGUCCCCCAGCUCAGCGGAUGUACCUCAGACCGCCAGCAGGCGUCUCUCCACCGGCAGCUCCCGGCCCUACUCUCCAUCACCUCUUGUGGGCACCAUCCCCGAGCAGCUGGGGCACUGCUGCUGUCACAUGCAGAGCCACGAACCCCGCAGCCGCAGCUCCUCAGGAGGUUCCCCCGUCCCGUCCUCUCAACUACUGGGGGCCCGGCUCCAGAGUGCCCCCACCCUGACCGAGGUCUACCAGACCAGGCAGAAGCUCCACAAGCAGUUAUCAGACCCGGUUCAGCCUUCCUCCUCCGCCUCCUCUUCCUCCUGCAGUCAUUCCCCUCAGUUCGGCCGACCGGCCAACCUGGGCUCCUCCCCCACAAAGCUUCUGGGCACCUCCCCCCGCACGUCAGACUGGCUGCAGAAGUCCCCGCUGCCCACCAUCAUCGGCUCUCCCACUAAAACCAUUUCGGCCCCGUUCAAGAUUCCCAAAACGCAGGCGUCCUGUAAUCUAAUGGCGCUGGCGGACAGCCCCAUACCCACCAAGACGUUGGCAGAUGCUCGGGAAAUCUGUGCCCACCACUGCAGCCCGUACCUCUCCGGACGGCCCGCUGCCCCCGAGGCCAGCAGGACCUUUGGCAGGUCCGUUAGUACAGGUCGUCUGUCUGAGCAGCAAAUCAGAAUCACUCUGGGAGGACAGGCCUAUCAGGGCAGCACUGACAGCCUGAACACGGAGCGACCCAUGGACACAGCCCCUGCAGGUCCCACUGGGCUGGUUCAGGGUAUGUCAGCGAGUCCCCGCACCGUCCUCUUCACCGUGGGUUCCCCGCCCAACAGCAGCACUCCGCCCACCUGCAGCCAUCUGGCCACACGGCCCCGCACCACCUCAGUGGGCUCCAACAGUUCUGGCGGCUCCCUGUGCUCCACCAGCGGUCGGGUGUAUGUGGGAUCUCCUCCCGGCAUGGCCAUGGGCUCCUCUCCUCCAGGAGGUUUCGGGGUUGGUCAGGUUGCUCCCGGGAAUGAUGGGGCACCCAGCAGCCUGCGCUACGUUCCCUAUGGGACCUCCCCUCCCAGCUUGGAGGGGUUCAUCACUUUCGAAGCCCCUGAGCUGCCUGAGGAGACCCUUAUGGAGCGAGAGCACACAGACACACUGAUGUACCUCCGCAUGAUGCUCUCCUUCACUGACUGCGUCCUGGAGAUGGCAGCGGUGCGAGCCGGCGGGAUGGAGCUUGGCGCCUCGCUCUAUCCCCCUCAGGACAGCGUGGUGGUGGACCAGAUCAGCCAGCUCAGUAAAGAGUGGGGGCAGGUGGAGCAGUUGGUGCUCUACAUGAAGGCGGCCCAGCUCCUGGCUUCCUCUCUGCAUCUGGCCAAGGCGCAGAUAAAAUCAGCCAAGCUCAAUCCUUCCACUGCCGUCAAACAGGUGGUGAAGAGUCUGAACGAGCGUUACAAAAGCUGCAUCUCCCUCUGCCGGCGGCUGACCGACAAACUCAACCACUUCUUCUCCGACAAGCAGCGCUUUAUGGACGAGAUCAACAGCGUGACGGCGGAGAAGCUCAUCUACAAUCAUGCCGUGGAGAUGGUUCAGUCAGCGGCUCUGGAUGAGAUGUUCAAGCAGACAGAAGAUAUUGCCUACCGCUACAGCAAAGCCGCCAUGCUGCUGGACGGCCUGUCCAAGAUCCUGCAGGACCCCACUGACAUUGAGAACGUGGUCAAGUACAAGGCCAGCGUGGACCGCAGGAUCUCAGCCCUCUGCUACUGCACUGUUACACUAUACGAGUAGCAGCACUCUCUCACACACACACACACACACACACACACACACACACACACACACACACACACACACACACACACACACACACACACACACACACACACAUACACAUACACAUACACAUACACAUACACACACACGGACCACGUCCUAAGACUACCAUCCUCACAAAGACCCCUAUCCCUCCUGUAGCAAGUUCAAGCACUUUUCAUUUGACGGUUUCAUCUGUAUUUAUCAUCCCACUGGCUGCAUCACGGACUGAACUGUGACAAGCGACUGAUGCACAAACCAACCAAAGAUGAUCCAGGAACUAAAAACUGAAACUGGAUGUGGACAUAAUGCAUGCACCUCCAUGUGCAAUUUUCUUCCUACGCCAUGAUGGUGAAAAAAACCAUCUGAUCAACAUAAAUAUAUAUAAAAAAACAUCUUUCAGGAUAUCAUUCGUUUUUUACCAGAAGAAGAGGAGGAUGGACAGGACUAUGAGACGGCCUCAAUAGACUCCCCAUGGAGCAGCUUUUUAAAACCUGCUUACUAUGUGAUAUCAGUUGUUAUUUACUCGGUGUUUAAGUUGUUAUUGUUCUUAUUUAUUGGUUCAGAAGAACAUGGAGUCUCCUGCCUAUUUUGAAAUAACCUCAAGUAUUGGAUCAUAAGGAAAAGGAAGACGUUAAGCAGAUGGCUGAUCACUGUAACAAAUCCAACCAUUUUUACGUGAAACACAAACUGUUGUAACGGGAAAAAAGACAGCCUUUUGAGCAAAGGAACCUGUAGAUUUGAUAUGUUUUUGUAAUUUUUUCUUCUGUUGUUAGCUCAAGCACUUUAUUGUGGAUUGAGAGGUGUGUCAGUAUAAAAUCUGAAGGUAGAAAUGUGAAGGCAGGGGGAUGAUCACUCCCGCCCCCACCCUCAAUCCUUACAGAUUGACAGAAUGCAUACAUUUCCCAUCAGGCAGAGCAACCAGGGUAAGGGGUUAUCUUAGCUGAGACAAACUGCCUUCUUUUAAGAUCAAAUCAAUUUUCUCUUGAUGGCCGAUUGAAAUUAUUUUUAGCCAUGGUAAGACAAUCAAAGUCUUCCCUGUUCUUUACCUUUGACAUGCAGUUGUUGGUACUAUUGUUCACACAAAAUUACAUAACAGGGAUUUUGAUUGGCUUGUAUCAACCGCAUUUUCCACUCUCAACAAGAAAAUAUCUAAAAAUCCACGUCACGUAUUCCCAUUUGUUUCCCUGUUUUGUUGGAAUGUAAAAGAGUAAGAUAUAUAUAACCUGACGACUUACUGAGUUUAAUUUUACUAAAGGAAUACAGCUUUUUAUGUUCCGUCAGUAUCUGUAGCUACAUUUGUUUUUUUUAACAAAACUUGAUGUUUGCAAUCUUGUAAAUAUUUUUAUGUGGUGCAUGUGAUGGUUCCUUUCCCCUCUUUUCAGGAGGGGGUGUGUUUGUUUAUGGGGUGUCGAUGACGCCGCCAGACGGCCUGCCUGUCAGUCAAAGAGCACAAAUCUUUAUAUGUACAUAGCUGAAUUUGAUACAUUUUAUUCAUGUCUGCCAAGGGUUUUUUUUUUAAUAAGGAUAACCUUUUUUUGGCACAACAGGGGUGUGCCAAAGAAUAAACUAACUCGUGGCAGCUCUUUCUGGAGAACUCUUUCUAUCAGGACUGUUCGUUGUUCAGAUCAACACACAUAUUUGCUUAGUGGGAAACUUUCUGAAUUAGAUACUAAUUUCCCAAAAUUGUACUUGAUUUGUCACAAUCUGCACUGCCUAGCAUCCGCUCUGUCCCUUCGCCUCCCCUCAAGUCAUCUGCUGUGCUCCUAAUAGUGUAUGUACUGUAAGUAUGUAUGAGUCGGUGUAUAUAGACACACUUGCCAGGUGUGCAUUAAGGCCAGUAGUAAACAGUAAAUGAUGAAAAAGGAGGUGCCUUCCUUAUGUGAAAGCAGACCAAGGCCUACCCCUCUGUACAGGUGUGAAUACAUUCUUUUUCUGUGUACAAAUGUGUAUAGAUGCAUUCACAGGCCCCCUAGGCCUGUUUCUCUCAUGUACUGUUUCUUUUUAAAGACAUAUCUGGGUUUACUUUGUUCUCUUCAUGAACCACACAAAGCCUUUUACUGCACACAGAGUGAAGAGGGACAACAAAGGCUGAAUCUUCGCUCUGUACCAUUUGUGUCCAUGGACUGUAACUGAAAAUGGACUGUUUGAAGAUGAAGCAUGGGUUCCGAGGCUGCAUUUUUACCCGGUUAGAACCUCUAGCAUCUUGAAUGUACUGUAUGUACCCCGUUGUUUCGCGCCUCUCCAGCUUGAUCCGAAUGCAUUUCGAAAGAAACCUGCCGUCAGUCAUGACCCUGCAAAUGCGACUCUUUCCAAGCACCCAUUUUUUUCAGAGAAAUGUUAAUGUUACACUUGUGUCCCUCGCAGAGGGGUGUCAGUCUUUGUUCUUUAUAGAACCCAAAUACAGUCUUUGUUAUUAAAAACAGAAGAAAUUAAAA